UUGGAUCAAUCUGUUCUUUGUUGACUAUUGAACAUGGCUGGCAUAGGCCCAUGCAUAUUGGCUGCGGACAUCUGUGGCAUUAUUCAUAGCAACGUUUAGACCAGUGACAAACUGUCAUGCAUUUCUGAUUCAAUUACGGAAAGGAUCACGAGAGAUUCAUCUACAUCGUGGAUGAAUUGGUUCUUAAUGGGGUGUAUUUUCCCACGUCGGUCAGUGGUACACUCACUCGAUGUAUUAUUGGGGUGAUUGGUGGUGUGUGUGACUGUGAAUGAUUUGAGGUUGAUUUGUAGGUUUACUUGUUCCCUCUCAUCAGCAAACAGUAUACUGUGUUUGUGGCUGCCAGGGUGGCUUCAGUCCUCCUUGUAACCUGUCUUCUGUCUCUUCCCAUCCUUAUUUGAUGUGAACACACAGCUAACAGGAAACUUAUCGUCGAGGAAACGAGUCUUAUUCAGAAGACAGUGGGAUUGUGAAAUAAUUAGCUGCAAAGUCACUAACCGCAAAUUGUCAGAUAAUUGAACCCUCGCCAUUCAGUUCCCAAAUGAAGAUUGAGAUCUGAUCCCCUACAGUUUUCGUUCGACUACAUGUAAGUGCUGGCUGUAUUCACUAUUAUAAUUCAAUUCAUGCCUUCUGAUGGCAAUAUCCUCUAGAUGUGUGCUCAGCAGUGACGGUAGCACAAAUUAAUGAACAGAUUCAUCGACAAACUCUUUAUUUCCAUGGCAUUAUCACAGCCCAUGGCGUUUGCCAAAGCUCCAUGGCAGCUCCGUGGCUGCACCGCGCAGAUCAUUUCUAAAUGUGGACAAUCAUUCUAUGAAAUUGGAUGUAUUGAUCCACAGCAUGGCAUGCUUCCAUGGUGGGUUGUUUAUUUACAUGCUGGGUGUGCAAUAUGUCCUAUGGCUGUUAGAUGCAUUACAACAAAAUGUACUAGUUUCACUUUGAUUUCCCGUAAUCUACACUGAAUCAGCUACACCACUCCUACAUGUAGCUAUCAUGGGAUGAGCAAUGGCGCAUUAUAAUUCUCAAAAAUCGGGAUAAUGGUUGACGUAAAUGCUACUCGGUGAUUAUGAUUAUAUGGAGUGGAUUGUCGGCUUUGGCCAAUCUGUGAAAACAUUCUGAUGCGUGGACUCUACUGUAAAAACUCUGGAGAACUCAUUCAGUGUCACAGUGGUGAAAACUUGCAGUGAAAGAUUUGAAACAGUCAAUGCUGCCCAUCAUCCUACUCUCAUAUACAUUAUUUACCCUCUCUGGCCAAUAUAAUUGUGCGUCAUAGGUUGGGAUGGUUCAAUUAUUGAAGCCACUGUGUUCAUUGCUACCUUGAUUCAUAUUCCAGGAGGACUUGGUAUAUGUUCAGUAAUCAAACUCUGAUCCGCAAACAUUCAUCUUGGCUUAUCAUCUGUGUCCUUCUUUCACUUUUCAAUGGAUUACCGGUAGUACAAAUGUUGGUGGACCUGAAAGACUACGUUGUAUUUUUAUUAUUGGGUUUUUUUGGACUGUGUCCACUCAUUUAGUCAUUCUUUAGUCGAAAAAACCAUUGGUGAUUUGAAGUGCAUGAUUGGUUUGAGGAAUGGGGACUCGGGUUGACAGGGCCCAUUUCCUCAAGACAAAUUUGUUGAUGAGUUUGUUUCCAUGUUGUGUAAGAGACUUUGGUGUGUAUUUGGUUUCAUUAUGUGUGGUUUGAAAGCAACUGACUGACAGCAUGGUGGAAAAUACAUCCCUGAUUUCAAAUACAUUACUAGGAUAUAUCAAUGAGAACGUUAGUCGAAAACAAUGUGAUUUCCUAAAACCUAGACCAUGGGGUGUGGGGUAUCCAAGUCCAGCGUCGUGUCACCAUAUCCUGGUGAAGCAGACGUUCCAUUGACGAGGACUGACUCUGAUCUCAGUAGCAUUCGUACAGCGCGAUCUGUCAAAGUUGGAAUUAAACAGAACGACAGUCCAAAUCAGACCUUUGGAGAAAGUGGCCGGUCUUCACCGACGGUGGGCGAGGCUUGGUCAGCGCAUGAUACUGGCUCUCCUUCUGCUUCAUGCACUGCCUCUCCAGGAUCAAGACGAACUAGACCUCAAGAAACUGGAACUACUCCGCUGACACUUUCUGAGGUAUAUGAAGAAAAUGACGGUUCACGGAGCAUAAAAUUUAAACAUAAUAAAACUGACGCAAGACCCAUAAGUCCAGGAAAGACUGAGGUUUCAAGUUUGAAGGGUUCAGAAGUCAACUUAGAGACUGAGAUGAGUAAAGAUAAAGCAGGGGCGGAUUCAGCCACAGACAGCAUGGCAGACCUGAGGGAGUUCCUUGGUCAUAAUUCAUGGGAAGCCAAGAAACUAAAGCGUGGGAUGUCCAAGACGUUGGAUAACAUGUUCCUGGUGGAUAAAGCCCACAACAUCGUCCUCAGCGACGUGAAGGAGUCCAGUUUCGAUCAUACCAACUACUUCGUUGAGACGCCAGAGUUCACGUUCAUGCUGCCAGACCUCACCUUGUACUCGGAGGACUUCCGGGCUUUCUUGGAGAAGGAUUUGAUUGAGACAUCAACAUUAGUGUCCCUGGAGCAAGCAGGUCGACUGAACUGGUGGGCAGAUAUUGGUGCUUGUCAGCGGUUACUUCCAUUAGCCACGUCUGGUGAUGGCAACUGCUUAUUACAUGCAGCCUCGUUAGGAAUGUGGGGUUUCCAUGAUCGGCGGCUGACACUCAGGAAGGCACUCUUUAAUACUAUGUCCAACGGUGAAAAUCAUGGUGCUAUUUGGAGAAGGUGGAGAUGGCAGCAGAUACUCUUCAACAGAGAGGCUCAGUUGAUAUACUCUGAAGAAGAGUGGCAGAAUGAAUGGUCGUCCGUGCUCCAUUUGGCCUCGGCUAAACCUCGAUCACAUCCAGGCAGGAAAAACAGCUGUUGUGAUAGUGUUGCCACAAGAGGUGGUAUGGAACGAUUAUCUGAGGAAGAUAGUCCAUUGUAUGAAAGUUUAGAAGAGAUCCACGUCUUUGUCCUUGCCCAUGUCCUACGCCGACCAAUUGUUGUUGUAGCAGACGUCAUGCUGAAGGAUUCCAAUGGGGAAGCGUUGGCUCCUAUACCGUUUGGUGGCAUAUACCUUCCAUUGGAUUGCGACCCCAAAGAGUGCCAUCGGUCGCCGCUCGUGUUGACCUACGAUGCUGCUCACUUCUCAGCUUUAGUUGCCAUGGAAAUGGAAACAUCACCCGAUGUCAAACCGAGGCUGCCAGCCGUGAUUCCAUUGAUAGAUCCAGAUUUCAAGGUGCUUCCCCUCCAUUUUGAUGCCGAUCCUGGACCAGACUUUGACUGGGAGAAAGAUGAGCAUAACCCGGACAAAACAAGAGCAUUAUAUCUCAGUUCGGAACAGAAAUUGGCACUUCUUGAACGCUACAUGGACAUCAAGAGGGUGUCAAUUCCAAAAUAUGAAAUUGACAACUUGGCGAAUAGUAAGGAAAGUGUAAAUACUAAUGAUAGUGAUGAGUGUAAGUCGAGUAGUGGUUCUUGUGAAUCUGAGGAUUCAGUUGGAAACAAAGAGAAAAGUAAGGUGGCCAAACAAAUGAACACUGUGGCCAAGCAGUUUGGUAGCAUUGGCAAAACAAUGAGUAAGAAACUCAAAAAGAAUUUCGGGGGUAUCACGAAGGCUAUGAAGAGUGUGACGGGAUCCGAGACACCUCAGCUGCGGACUCGUAGAGCGUCUGUGAGUGGCUCUCAGACGCAGAGCACGAAUCUCUCGGUGACGGUUGAGAUGCUGAAGGAUAAGGAGCACAUCCUGUGUGCCAAGUUAAGUAACAAACGAGCCAAGUACCAGGAGGAAAUGAUCAAGAACUAUCUGCACUCGGCACAUGAAAGGUUUGAAUGUGACCGGGAUAUCAGGCGGAAGCGUGGCUCUGAGUUAAAGAUGAAGAUUGAACAGAAACGGCUGUCCCGGGAAACCAUCAAGGGAGCUCCUGUUCAGUGCAUCACACCGGGAUGUAACAUGUUUGGAACAGAUGAGACAAGCUACUUGUGCUCAUCCUGUUUCUCGCGCCAGAAACAAGAGGCCUUAAAUUUCCAGAACUCACAAGGAGUCCAGAAAGACACUAAAACUAACCUUGUGACAAUAGCCAACAGUGGUAGCGGUGGUGGACAUGCUGGGGCCAUUGGGAGGUCAAAGUUCUUUGCGGGAAAGGAGCCUGUGGUUCUGAGGAAAGAACCAGUUGCACAAAGUUCUAACAAUCUGAACAAUCAAGUGUCUUCUCAAACUGAAACCCUCCAUUUGCGUAAUUCUACCUUCUAUGAUGGUAGUCGGUCUCCCGAAACUCGGAGAUCGUUACCUCCUGACGGAGGUGUCCAGAAAUUGCCACCUGCAUCUGGUGGGAAUGUUUUACGCAGAAGUACUCCUGAAUCGAGUCCUCGGAUCAUGAGGGUUCAGCACCAAGUGCAGACUGAUGGUAAUGUGGUCAUCCCUGUCGUCCAUACCAAUCAGAGUCCGGGCCAUGUCCAGCAGCGGCAGCCAGGGGUUGGGCGACAAUCAGCUCCACUCACAGGGUAUGACAAUUUGGAUUUGCAGAUGAAAUCCCAAUGCAAUAUUGUCACUCCAUCUCAGCAUGCUGCUAAUGAGGAACCACUCCAGUACUGCCGCUCAACUGGCUGUCGAUUUUAUGGAAGUGAGCAGUUUGGCUAUCUGUGUUCAGGGUGUUACAAAGUGAAAGCAAAGAAUCAGCCUGCUGUUGAAACCACGUACUCACGACAGACAAGGUUGUAAUGGUUGACAUGUCUGUGUACACUAUGUGUAUGGUAUAUGGUAAACCACCAUGGAUUGGUGUAUUGGUCCUGUGUGUAUGGAUGCGUCACACUUGAGUGAUGCAUUACAUCAUGAGAUCAUUGACCGUGCUAUCAAUCAUUGUGUAAGAAACCACCACUAAGUAGUCCAUAGGGAAGUGGUUUGAACACAUUGUUCUUGACUCUUUACACAUUAUUUCACAGUUGUAUUGUUAUCCAUUCAAAACUCUCAACUGCUAUCAUUAGAUCUUCCAUUAAGUUAGUUCACAGUACAAGUAGGCUGUAGUCUGGAGACAUGUACUCCCCAGAACAUUCAGUUGGCUGUCCGUGAAAGGCCUCGGCCCUCUUGUUGAUUGUUUUCUUCCUCUUUUUAUUGCUCCAUUGUAUUCCCUGUCCAAAUCUUGACAGCAUUUAAAAUAUCAUUAGACCAAGGUCACUUGGUUAUAUUGUUGUUGAUUCAUUUGUUUAUUGUGAUAUUUUCAUUUUUCUAAAUUUUAUAUAAAUUAUGCAAAACCUUAAGAUAUGCAUGAUGGUGAUGUCUCAAAGUGUUUUAAAAACCAUGAUUUAAUUAUAGGUAGUAUGUAUUUUAUUUGAAUGAAAAGGCAAGUAGAGAGUUGCAUGUUGUUUGUUGUCCUGUUUAUAACUUAACACUUAUCACAUUGAAACGAUUAUUCCAUAUCACAGUUUUGGUCUUGAAGAAAUUUGUUCAAUUCCUGCUGCUAAAGAAUUCGAUAUCAUAAGAAAAAGAGUUUUAGAUAAUUUGCAAUUUCUGCCUCCUAAUUUGUGUUCAAAUUCUGAAAAUUUUGAAUAAAAGAUUUUCACCUCAUGUCAGUUUCUGGAGUUGACAUUAUAUUCAUGGACAGAAUUACAAUUCCAGCUGUUAGAUAUACGGGAUAUCGUUUGAUAUGUAUUUACUUUAGCAAUGUGUUCUGGGCCACCAGGUAGAGGUUGGCCAUUGUGUACUUUGCUAUUGAUCAUGUAAAACCAGGUUUACGAGAAAUGUAUAUAUAUUGUUACGAUGGCUAACAUAUCCUGAUUAUAUGGGUUUGACUGUGUAGAUGGAAAGUGUUCUAAGGGAAGAGUUAGAAAACCAAAUUUGGUGUUCUCGGAGUACCUCUGUGUAAUGUUAUCCCAUUUGGAGUGGAUUAAAUGCUGAGUACCCAUCAGGUUUAGAUUGGCUACAGGGUGUUUAUAAAAACAUGGCACACGGCUACCCUCUGUAUCCUCUCUCUGUGUACCUCAUAAGUUAUAUCAAGAUGUUUAUAUGAAAAAUGUAUGAAAUACAAACUGAAGGCCAUAUCAUCUUUGUAUAAGAUUGUUAAGAUGUUCAUGUUUUGUAAGAUAUUGUAAAUAUAAAGAUAUGUUGCUAUUGAGAAGCCCACAGAAAAAACUCAAAAAAGAGCCGCUUCACAGAACUUGCUUCUGUGAUUUCUUCAUGUGGUCAUUUCAAAUCGCAGUGCAAGCUCCUCAACAGUUAGUGAACGGACAUGAUGACAGCAGUGAUGGCUCCUUUUGACCCACAUUUUUGGCAUGUCUUUUCAAACCAGUGGCAAAAACCUUGGCAGUAUCAUGUAAGAUCCACUGAUUUACUUGAUGGAGUCCAAAACCUUCAGAAAGAUGUCAUCGUCAAGAUAACUUGAUACAACUUUGGGUUAAAAGCUGGAUAAUUUUACACUACUGUCACCAGUAUAAAGAUAAAUGAAAUAAAGGAACUGUUACAAAAUA